CCCUUGCCAUCUGGACAUGCUAGAGAGAAUCUGAGGAGGAAGCUCACAUCCUGUUUCCAACGCUUUGUUCAUGAUGAUCUUGCAACUCUUGGGCUUGCUGGCCCUCGCCUAUCUGGCCUGGAACCUGGUGGCAAUGGAAAUCAACUACCGUCGCGCCUCCUCAUUAGGGAUUCCUGUAGUGCGUGCCUGCAUCGACAACUCGAAUGUGCUUUGGAUGAUGGCCCAGCCUCAUCUCCAGCCCUGGCUUGAUCGGGUUCCCAUUGACUGGGGCAGUUUUGGCCGCUACUGCCGUCGAGAUUGGCCUGUUAUUGACGGAAACCAGUCUCAUCUUCGAUACGGUCCCAUCUGGGCCCUAGCAACGCCCCGUAAGAUAUACAUCCACGUUACCGACUCCGAGGCCAGCCAUGACAUUUUUCAGCGACGGACGGAUUUUAUCCGGCCAAGUGAGAUAUACAAGGUGCUCGAAGUUUUUGGGCCCUGUUUAUCCACAGCCAGCUGGACGAACUGGCCGCGCCACCGGAAAGUGUUGGCUGCGCCGUUCAACGAAAAGGUCAUGUCUUUUGUUUGGGAUGAAAGCGUCGAGCAAGCCGGCCAGAUGUUGGAUGCCUGGACUGCCCCGGAUGUUGACCAGAUUCCUGGCAUUGAUAAGGAUACCCGCACAUUGUCGUUGAACGUCCUGGCUGCCACGGGAUUCGGCAAGUCAUAUUCCUUCCGCAGCGCCAAUGACCCCCUCAACCGGAGCGAGUCGGAUAACUAUCGUGAUGCUCUGCGGACCGUGCGUGACGAUUGCAUCCUGUUGAUGGUCGCGCCACGGAGAUUGCUCACGCUUCCAUUCGUUCCUGAAUCGUGGCAUCGCGUGGCCAAGGCUGCGGUGGAUUACAAACAACACAUGGUCCGCAUGCUGAACGAGGAGACUAGAGCAUUGAACGAGGGACAGGCCGGUGCUGGUGGCCUCAUAACAUCUUUCGUGCGGGCUAUGGAUUUGAAACAGAAGGAGGACGCAAAGGGAAAAGCCAGUGGCUCGCCUCCCAAAGGACUCAGCAUCGAUGAGAUCUUCGGCAACCAUUUCGUCAUCAACUUUGCCGGCCAUGAUACAACCGCCAAUACCCUCAGUUUCGCCAUGGUACUCUUGGCCGCAUACCCGGAGGUUCAAGACUGGGUAGCCGAGGAACUACACAUGAGCAGAGAUACAAAGGGACAGUAUACUGACCUUUUCCCCAAACUCAAUCGCUGCAAAGCCAUCAUGCUCGAAGCCCUCCGCCUAUUUCCCCCAAUUCCCACGCUUCCCAAACGCACCAACAACCAGCCCCAACCUCUCAAAGUCGGAGAAAGAACCGUGAUAAUCCCACCAAACAUAUUCGUUCAUCCCGGUUUGCUCUCCAUGCACCUCCACCCCCAGCACUGGGAAAGCCCACCGAUCUGGAAGCCUUCCCGGUGGGUAACGUCUGCAACCACACUUGAAGACGAACAGGUCAUCACUCCGCAACGGUGUACAUACUUUCCCUGGUCGGACGGACCACAGAACUGCCCUGGGAAUAAGUUCUCGCAGGUGGAGUUUGUAGCUGUGGUGGCGACCAUUCUUCGUGAGCAUCGGAUUCAUGCUGUUCCAGAGCCUGGAGAGACAUUCGAGGAUACGCGCGUGAGGGUUCUGUCUACUACCAGGGAUGUGGAUAUGCAUUUGCUUCUCAAGAUGAAGGAUGCUGAUAGGGUGAGAUUGGUGUGUGAGCGUGCCUGAUACUGGUGGGAUGUAGUAAAAAUAUCGUGAGAUCUGUCAGC